CUAAUAUUACAAUGCAGUGUGACGUGACAGUGAGAAACUGUUGUGAACAUGCACAAUUCAGCGUUUGGCCUCGAAUUUUUCUCUCAAAUUAAACCCUUUUUAAUUGAAUUGAAAAGAAUUGAAUAGGCCAUUUUCGUAAUUAAUGUAGUCAAAUUCAGUGCCUCGUUACAAGUUAUUUCAUUACCUGUAGAUGUUACGAAUAAAUGUAUUUAAAUAGUUGAGAAUGCGAAAUGACAUACAUUCCAAUCCGUGUUGUUAGGUAGGCAAGCAAUACUUUUUGACCCACCUAGCAGCAAUUACUGUAUGCAAGAGGCAUCAUACAGCAGUCGUCUCCGAUGGGUUGAAGCAUGAACCUCGUACAGUCUUGUACAAAUGGCCUAUGUGUAUCUCCGAAGUAGCUUAUAUAUGGUUUGUCAAGAGUAAUUAUCGACCAAAUGUGCCAGAAUUAUUUAAACAUGCGAAACUGCCCUUGCAAAGUAUGAUUUAGUUUUAGUGAUUUGAUUGAUUUUGCUAUAAUGGUUUAGAUUGAUUUUCUACCAACUUUUGACCGCGUUUACGUUAACACAGAACCCUCCGCACCCACUCGGGUUUUUGUUGUUGUGCAUUUCGGCGUGAUCGGUAAAAUAUAGCUCUCCUCUAAAUUAUACAAUGCACGUGAUGACAUGUUACAUCAUAUCGAACAAUAAUGGGAUCACGAGCCUGAUUGAACGAAACUCAUUGGCACGGAUCUAGGUAAACAUUGACAUAACAGUGUACCUCGUUUUUGCCACAGACACUUUUUAUAAUCAUGUAUGCACAGUACUAUUGGUCGUUCAACCAACAGGGAUUAUUGACCUUUACACAUGCCAUGUGAUCAUCGUAUUAAUAGCAUAGGACAAUAAAGUCACUGUAUCAGUGCAUUCAUCAUUUAGUCAAGACGCGAAUUUUGCUCUUUUCUCUUUAUAGGAAAACGUAGCACCAGAACGUUUUGUUUAUAGUGUAGGAUAAUUAAGCCAUUCUGGAAUGAUCACAUCGAACUUCAAGACCUGCCUCGUUGCCUGCGAUAGUUCGAAUCAUCCUGCGAUUUAUUUCAAAUGAAUAUAAUUACGAGAUAACAGGCAGAGGGACUAUUAUUAAGCGCAUUGUAGGUCUACAUCAUAAUUGUGUCACUGAUUGGAGAUGUAAACUAUCCAAUAAAACAACUUUCAUUAGCUUUUUCUUUUAAACGAUGGCGAAAGAGACAUUCAACGAUUGGAUCCAGAGGGUGAAGGAGUAUAUGCAGACAGAUGAAAAGUUACAAGCUGCAGGGUUUAUCGUCGAGGUAAUCGGUGAUGGAAACCUGAACGACGUCCAUCGCGUCAUCGAGCAGGACGUCGAGAGAAAGUCAGUCAUCGUCAAACAUGCACCGCCUUAUAUCAAGUGUCUAGGUCCAGAGUAUCCUCUAUCCGCGGUUAGAUCUGAGAUAGAGUAUGAAGCUCUAUGUUGGUUUGAUGAGAUAGCACAGGGCAGUGUCCCCAAACCCUACCAUAAAGACACUGCCAAUCAUUCAUUUCUAAUGGAAGAUCUUCGAGGUUAUGAGGUGAUGAAGAAGCAACUUGUUCGCGGUCAUCUGAAUCUUGAUGCAGGAAGACAAAUCGUCAGAUAUUUAAUCCGGAUACACAAACACACCACCGAAAAGGAACUAGGGCGGGAAAAGUUUGAUCAACUCAAACAAGCUUUCGAAAAUACUGAAAUGGUGUCGUUGACGCGUGAUUUCAUCUUCACGUAUCCCUUUCUCCGUGAUCAUCCAACGAACCAGUGUUCGCCCGAGGUCGCCGACUGCCUUGCCCUCAUCUAUGACAACGACGAACUUCUACGAAACGCGUCCGAUCUGCGAUCAAUAUUUUUGGAGAAAAAGGACUGCCUCUUACACGGUGAUUUACAUACGGGUUCUAUAAUGACCAAAGAUCAAGAUGCAAAGAUGAUUGACUUGGAAUUUUCAUUUGUCGGGCCUCUGGGUUUCGAUCUCGGUGUCCUCCUCGCGAACUACAUCUUCUCUUACCACGCCCAUCGAAUCGACAUGCAGAAUAAAAACUCCAGUUGCACUAAGUUUCACGACAAGGUUCGUCAUGCAAUGUCGGAUGCCAUCUCGGACUAUUUCGGAGAUGCCGAGUUGAGGUUGCCGAGCGACGAUCUUACAUCGCUUGGUCGGGAAGUUGUAGGAUUCGCAGGCUGUGAACUCAUAAGAAGAAUUGUCGGCGCUGCCCAUGUAGAGGAUUUAGACGGAAACCCAGCAGCUGAAAUCGAAUGUCUUAAACUCGGUGUAAACCUCAUCUUAGGUUACAAGGACGUUAACUUCGUCUCAGCUCCAGACUUAAUGGCCGUCUUUGGCCUAAGAUGAUCAAUUAUAAUGAACAAAUGGACAAGAGGAGCUUUUUCUUUACAUUCUCUGGACCGUAAUGAGCUUGUUCUGGGUCCUGUUUCAUGAAAGAUACAAUAAUUGUUAUAAGCU